GGAAUGCCAACGUGUAACAAAGCACACCCACUCUUUAAAAAGUUGAGAGUGAAUAGCAUUUUCGUAUAAAUUUACGCAGAAAUGUGGGGAAAUGUCCAAACUACCAAACUAUCUUACUCUAUCACUUUCUCGAUAUUUACAACCAGAAACGUUCCCGCCAAUCCCAAAAGCAUUAUCAACCACAUCUACGAGAUCUGACGAUGACCCAACAAAUCGAUACCCGGUUCCGCUAUCGAGUAGGAUGCCCAAAGCUGCCUGCGUCGCCAUGGGGCAUGAUGUACAUCCCGUCCCCAUCGGUAAUGGAUGGACACCCAUUUAGGGUCCGGCAGAUAUUGUCAGCCAACAAUGUGAAGGCCCGCGAAGUAAUCUUUGGCCACCGCCAUCGAGAAGGGAAACAGCUCGGGGGAACCCCAGCAUUGACUAUCCUCUCCGAUGCGACCAUUCCCACCGACUAUAUCCAAGAAUGGAGCCGCACAGUUCAACAGUUAUCGCAGUAUUUCUCGAAUUCUGGAGUCGACAUCAGCAUCGAAAUCAUGGACUAUCAGGCAUAUGCCGGCGUAUAUAUCAAAUCAAUUUCAGCAGAUAACACCGAGCUCCUUGACCGCUGGGAUCAGAAACAGGGAGAAAUCGCAGACUGCUUCAGGAAGCUCAGGUGGUUUUCCGUGGACCUUGUCAGUCGUGGUAUUCGAGAUUCCAACAUGCGCCCAACCAUGCUUGUUAAUGCCUCAGAUACCGAUGAUGACGCUUGGACCGCAGCGCUUGAAAAAGCCCAAGAAAUCAUAAGUGAUAAUGGUCGUAUUGAAGUAGAUGUCGAAUUACUUCAUAACGAGGUAGGAAUCCUAGCAAGCUCCGAGAGUGAGCUUCCCGAGUUAUCGGAACUCUCGGCAGAAGAAUUUGAUGAAAAAGCCUACGAGGAGAAAUUGUACGAUAGGAAAAAAUCGGAGGCAAUCAGUCGGGAGGAGUAUGUCAGCCCAAGGGUAGUUAUGGCAGAAGACUUCGGUGCAAAUCUUCAUGUCGGAGCGUCUGUCGGCCAUUCUGACGACACAAGCGGAACUCUGGGCGGCUUCUUUACCAUGAAAUUUCCAGAGUACAAGGAACCUAUCCGAUUCGGCGUGACGAAUCAUCAUGUUCUUGCCAGGAAUACACGGGAGAGGAUUGAUCGUCAAGAUAAAGCAGUCGCAACACAAUCUAUCGAAGUCGCCUCACCAUCCGACCUAGACCGCGAACGGUUCCUUUAUAGACUUCGAGAAAGUAUCAUGCCCUUGAAUGAGCGCAUUCGCGAUGCUAAACGCAAGUACCAAGCAUUGUCGGACCCCACUUUGCGGGUUGAUAGGCAGGACUGGCGCAACAAAAGGGCCGAACUUCGAUCAACCAGAGACAAAAUUACGGCCCUUGAUACCCGAGCUGGAGCGCUGUUUGCUACAUCAGGGCACCGCCAACGGGCUGAUCCCUGUUACUCAGAUGGGGAAGACUUGGAAGUUUCGCGAGCAUCCAUCCCUAGUCCUGCAGUCCCCUGUCAAUGGAAUGUAGACUGGGCUCUCUUUACAAUUGACCCUCAUCGUAAAAUAAUCGAGUAUACCAAAGGAGAUACCGUUUGGUACAAUUACGUAGCGAGACGCAAGAUCACCGAGCGGGGUUCGAUCUGCCAACGAACUGCAUAUGAUGUCGCAAUGCUUGGCAGAACUUCAGGCUGGUCCACAGGCGUGAUCAAUCCGGCUAUGUCUAUGCUGAACCCAACAAUAGCCUUCACCGAACCAGGUGAUCGUGAGGAAACUCCUUUGCUGGCGCAUGCAAUCGUCAAUUUAGACCCGUUGCAGCCAUUUGCGAGAAAAGGUGAUUCAGGCUCCUUUGUGCUUCACAAUAAUGAUAGGGAUGGUGUUGAUGCAACAGUUCUAGGUCUUGUCACUGGAUCAAGCAAAGUAGUGGCAUAUAUGACGGCAAUUGACCUGGUUGCCACAGAUAUGGAGGAGGAUCUUGGGGGUGAAGUGAUAUUUCCUAGAGAUGUUGGUGAGGUCCAAGCUGGCACAUUAUUUAAAAGAGUAGUCUACUACGAUGAUGAGUAGGUGGUUUUGGUCAAACGUCCUCAAACGUCCUAUCACUAUAGUAAUGAGGAGGAAAGUUGAUUGUCGGUAGGUUGGUUGGAACCAGGGAUCUAUCUAUCUCGCUGGUGUGAUUACCUACCUAAUCCUUCCUCUCCGCCGAUUGCCUCCUUACACAGGCGUGACCUGGUCGUGUCACACU